AUGGCCGACUUCAGCUACACUGAAGACCGCGAGCUGCAUGACUUGAAUCGGCAAGUGAACGAUGACCCCGAAGAGUUCGAACACUGGGAAAAGCUCGUUCGCGCAUCCGAACAACAAGAGGGCGGACUAAAUCGCAACUCGAGUCCACAGGCCAUCGCCGCCACAAGAGAUGUCUACGACCGCUUCCUCACACGCUUUCCGCUGUUCUUUGGAUACUGGAAGAAGUAUGCGGACAUGGAGUUUGGCAUUGCGGGCACUGAAGCGGCGGAAAUGAUCUACGAGCGUGGCGUUGCCAGCAUCUCCAUCUCGGUCGACCUCUGGACAAACUACUGCAACUUCAAAACCGAGACCAGCCACGACAUCGACAUUAUACGAGAACUUUUCGAGCGUGGAGCAGAGAGUGUUGGCCUGGACUUCCUGGCUCACCCAUUCUGGGACAAAUACAUUGAAUUCGAGGAACGACUUGACGCAGAUGAUAAGAUAUUUGGCAUACUCGAACGCAUCAUCCGCAUCCCACUUCAUCAGUAUGCGCGGUACUUCGAGCGCUAUCGAACAUUGGCUGAGAAACGUCCGGUCGAGGAACUCGCACCCCCCGAAAUCAUUGGCCGCUUGAGACAGGAGGCCGAGGUGCAGUCGGGUCCAAAACCGAGGAAUCCAGCAGAAGGCGAGCGUGAGUUGCGAUCUCGCAUCUACGCAUUUCACAACGACACCUUCCAGAACACGCAGAACGAGACUACGCAACGCUGGACAUAUGAGCAGGAGAUCAAGAGGCCCUACUACCAUGUUACUGACCUGGACGAUGCGCAGCUUGACAACUGGAGGAGAUACCUCGACGUCGAGGAGGAUGGGCGUGACUACUCUCGCGCAAAGUUCCUCUAUGAGCGAUGUCUUGUAACUGCUGCAAACUACGAAGAGUUUUGGCUACGCUACGUCAGAUGGAUGCUAUCUCAACCCGGGAACAAGGCAGAAGAAGCCCGCAACAUCUUACAGCGUGCUAGCUACGUCUUCGUGUCGAUAGCUAGGCCAUCCAUACGGUUGCUGUGGGCCAAGUUCGAGGAGUCCCAGGACCAGGCGAACAUUGCUGGUGACAUCCUUGAAGCAGUGCUCAUGGUCUUGCCAGGGCAUCUGGAGACCAUCCUAGCUCUCGCCAACCUUCAUAGACGCAAGACUGGCCUCGAUGCCGGCAUUGCCACACUCAAGCGUUUCACGGACAGCCACGAGAUCCCACCUUAUGUCCGUGGUGCUCUGGUAGCAGAGUGGGCGCGCAUGGUGGCGGAUGUAAGUGGCCGCCGAGACGAAGCUCGCAAGAUCUACAACAACUACCAACAUCAGUAUCUCGAUUGCCGACCUUUUUGGUUGAAGUGGUUCUUCUUCGAAGUCAAUCAGCCUGCAAUAGGUACGGAACAGCAGAAACAGCACUACGCUAGAGUCAAGGCUGUCUAUGAGGCGGUUCGGAAAAUGUCCGCUUUACCAUCUGGUACGAUCAAGGACCUCACAGCGUAUUACCUGACGUAUCUGCAGGAGCGUGGGCCAGCAGGUGCCAUGAAGGAACUGGUUGAUCUGGACAAGGAAGUCAAUGGACCUUUGUCUGUGCAGAAGAGCUCUAAGCAGCAGAUCAUGCACGACGGUAAUGACAGCGUGGUCAACAACGAGAUGCUCAUUGAGAAAGGCUUGGCCGGCGCAGGUAUGCACGAGGCUGCCUCGUAUGCUUAG